AUGUUUCCAAGGACGACCCUUUGCCUCGCGUUAAUCGCAUGCCUCAACAUCGCUGCGACGGCGUCACAAUCAUCUUCUGAAUAUACCGGAUGCUCUGAGGAUUCCGAGAAAAUCGCGAUCAACUGGACAGAUGCAUCCACGGUUCUGGGCAGACCCGACACCUAUCUCGGAAAGCUGGCUGUACCUCUUGACUAUACGCUACCUCAAUCGGAGAACAACACACUCACCCUCAACAUCCUGAAAGUCAAAGCGACCAAAGAGCCUAAGUUAGGGGGUGUCUUGACGAACUGGGGUGGCCCUGGUUUGCCCGCAACCGAUUGGCUUUUGCAACAAGCUCGUUAUGUCCUUGACAUGACAGGCGGCCAAUACGACAUCAUCGGUCCCGAUCCCAGGGGCACUGGCACGACACUGCCCGUAGAUUGCUAUAUCGACGAGACGGAACGGAUGGUUGCGACGUUGCGUACACCAACGAGGACCAACUCAUCCGAUGUAGCGUUGGGUGCUGUUUGGUCUUACACCAAACAAUACGCGGCACGAUGUUUCCAGAACGAGGCAGUAAAUGGAUCGCUGAUGAGCACGGCGUUCGUUGCCAGAGAUUUCAUGAAGGUUGUUGAUGCUCUGACUGUGGAAGGCGAGGAUGGUCUUCUCCGGUACUGGGGAAUAUCCUACGGAGCAUAUCUUGGUCAAGUCCUAGCUGCUAUGUUUCCAGAUAAGGUCGAGCGAAUGAUGCUGGAUGGUGUUCUUAACCCGCUCGAGUAUCAGCAAGGAUGGGAGACCGGUCCAGCUGAAUCAGCGCCAAUUGCCUUGAGACAGUUUACCGAACAGUGCAUCGAUGCUGGCCCCUCAUGUCCCCUCUUUCGCCCCAACAUUUCUUCCGACUCGUUAUACGACCAAAUCCUACACCUGAGCGAAGAAGCCAAACGCGAGCCAAUCGUUAUGGGUCCCAACGUCACCACCGAUAUCGUCACCUACGAGAAGAUCGCUGAGGCUAGUGACACCGCUCUGCGCAUGGGUUUGGCAUCCGGGUCUUACUUGGCAGGCUAUCUCAACAGCAUAAUGAUCCGCGAUAGUCCAGAAUACAACCACACCCAAUAUCUGUUGAACCGCGCCUUCAUCAUACAGGACGCAGCGAUCAAUGCAGACAACACGCAGCUCAUCCGCUGUUCCGAUGCCAUGUUCCGUGCCGACGAGCUCGCCGAUAUCGAGAAACGUGUCCAGCACGUAACGGAGUUGGGUGAUUGGAACAGCGAUUACACUGUCGGCGCGUAUAUUAUGUGCUCGCUAUGGAAGGUUAAGGCGAAAGAGCGGUACGAGGGUGACUUCAAGGCGAAGACGAAGAACCCCGUGUUGCUCAUCGGUUCGCCAUAUGACGUUCGCACUCCGAUCUCUGGGGCUUAUGCGGCGAACAAGACGCUCGAAGGAAGUGUUGUGCUUCAGCACAAUGGUCUCGGAGUGAGUUAA